UCUAUGAUAGCAAGAAAUCUCUAUCUAUAUUAAAAACAAUGAAUAGCAUUUCUGAUGAAUGUAAUGAUUUAAAGAAGAAAUAUGACACGUGCUUCAAUUCAUGGUACACAGAAAGCUUUCUACGAGGCGAUACUCAAUCGGAACCGUGUCGGGAACUGUUCGAGAGUUACCGUAGUUGUGUCAUGAAAGCAUUAAAAGCCAAAAACAUUAGCAUUGAGGAAGUACAAAAGGAUGUUUUAGGGACAAGUAAUGAGAAGAAAGCCCCACACAUACAGGCAUCUAAAUAGAAUAUCUUAUCAAAUAUUUAGAUAUAAUAAAUGAAAUUAAUUGUUUGACUUGAUCAACAAUAAAUUGAUGAAGACAUUGUGUUAUGUUCUCAUCAAAA